AUGCCCUGCAUCCUCAAGACCGUCCACGGCUCGAACUACUACAGCAGCAAGAAGGUGGCCUUCUGCGUCCGCUCCGCAUCCAACAUGCCUCCGCAAGCAGCAACUCCCCCAGCCCCGAUCAUCCGUCGCAACGAAGGCGGCGACAGCGACAAUUCCACGGUCAUGGUCGUCGCAAUCAUCAUGGUCGUCUUCGCCGUCGUCUCCUUCGCGCUAGUCUGGGGCUGCGUCCGACGUCUGCACGCCAAAGCCUACGCUAAGUCGGAGAAGAAGGCGCACGCCGUCCGUCGACCAGGUCUCUGCGCGUAUCGCGACGGACAGACCAGGAUCGAGAUGCCGGCCUACCCGCCGCCAGCGUACGCCUACGCGCCGCGCCGUUCAAAGGUGGGUGAGGCGAGGAACGAGAGGUGGCAUCCGUUCCAGACCAUCGGUGAAUUCGCCGUGAGUGGAGGCAGGCGUGGGAAGAAAAGUGGUUCGAAGCGUGGACGGACUCUGCACGCGUCAGGGAGGCCGGAGCAGGUAGGUUCGCGUCCUUUGGGGAGGCAGGCCGUUUCCACUAGUCAUGCCGACGAUUGGGUGAGUAGUUCGGCUGAGGGCGGGCCCCGGGGGGCGCCGAGGGCGAGUGAGUACUUUGAGGGGAGGUAA